UGUGUGUGUGUGUGUGUGUGUGUGUGUGUGUGUGUGUGCGUGCGUGCGUGUUCAUCUCCUGGCGAAGCUGGUAGUUGAACAGACCUCAGGAAUCACACGAAUGACGUCGUUAUGUCUCAUACUUUUGCACUUUGGUGUUUUUAGUGAACCAUGUGACAUUUAAGAUGAUUCUCCAGUAAGUGGCUUGAUGCGCUGAUGAUUAAAGUGAUUUGAUAUAUUCAUGCGCAUAUGCAAAUUAAAGCCAUUAGUUCAGUUUAUGACGUUGUACUGUGACCCUGAGUGGUUUGGCAAUAACAAUGAUACAGGAGUGUGUUGUGCACCAAGGUAGAUUACAGUUGAGGUUGUUGUGUUAACUCCUGUGUUUUGUUGACAUUAUCUAUUCUUUGAUAUUUUAUAUUAGCUAUAUUUGAACAAAUAUAGGCAACGAUAUAUUCCUUUGUUCCUGAAAAAAGAAAAUCUCUGAUAUUUUUCGGAUUGUUUUGUUCUUAGAGACAUCAAACUCCCUACCGAUAGACAAAUCUCGGAUUUGGGAGGGGAUGUGCUGCAUGAAAAGCAUUUGAAAAUCUAAUGCUUUUUCAGGUCUUAUCCAUACAGAGGUGACAGUUUAAAACAUAUUUACAGAAAUUAUAAAAUUAUAAUGAUUCUUUCAUCUGACAAGAUAAUCCUUGGGGCUCCUAGAGCCCACAAAUAUAUCGAUCAUAAAUAUAUCUCUCAUUUUACAGCGUAUUUAAAAGCCCAAUUAUAUCUGAGGAUAACACAGGUCAUCCAUCAAUAGAUCAUCAAUGAUGCAACACUUAGAUUUUCCAUUACAACAUGUUUUGUUUUUUUUAGCUGCAGCACUGAACUGCACUAGUUGAAACGAGAUAGCACUCUCCUUGGCAGUCAGCCUGUUCUCAUGACAGAAUAUCCAACCCUUUCUGUGGGUUUCCAAGAAGAAACUAUCAUGUGGGCUGUUGAUUCCGAGUGGCCUUGGUUCGUGAAAAAGGACGGCCUGACGGAGAAAAAGCUGCCGUUAUUUAAUAUGUGCUGGUUACUGCAACGCAUUAUUCGUGUUCAGCUCAGUACUUUAUAGUCAGGCAUGAAGGAAUGAUGUUUCCUUCAUCUUCCUCUGUGUUCCCUCGCUAAAACCUUCACUCUUGAGUGUUAAACCGCUGAUGCAAACGAAAGCAUCCAUGUUAUUCCCUUACACAUGGUUCCUGUUACUUCAUACAGUGGGGUAACACCGGAUCAGAGAACAUUUGCUGACGCUGCCGGUGCUGCGGAAGACUCACCAUCAAGCCUCGUGAAUCAUAGAGCAGAGAGAAAGAGCUGUCUCCAGCCCUAACACGUCGUGAUCACCGCAGCAACUAGGGACAAUAUGCAAGUAGUGUUCAUAGCGUCGCAUGAAUAACAAAAUCCAGGCAAUGUCAGGCAGUGCAGGCUUGCAUUUCUGAGUGUCACAUCAUUUAAAAAUAGAUAAGAUUUGACAAAAUUACAUUAAAGUAACUGGCCACAGUAAAAGUGGGGGGAAACACAGUUGUCACCCUGACAUAAUUCUCAGAGGGGAGAAUGAAUACAAUUCAAUAGUGCGUGUAGUGUCCAUGACAACAGCGAUUGGGGCCAUUAUCUGGAAACCGUCCACCAGUUCAUACAUCCAUUUAUCCCUAAUGAGGUGAGAGACACCUGAACAAGGCACUAAAAAUAGACCAGUACCUUGUUUGAAUGGAUCAGAUCGUCUGAACAAAAUGUACAAAAGCAUAUUUUCACUCGGAUUUUGAAUCAGUUCGAACGCAUUUGAAAAAGCUGCAGCACACCAGGUGAAAAUGUAAAAAUGUACUGAUUCAUCAAGAGCUUGUUUCUUCAAAGGAAAAGUACAACAGUUUAGAGUGGAGAUCUUUUUUUUUGAGAGGAGGGGAGAGCGAGAGAGAUCUUCUUUGUGCUUCUAUAAAAGGACUGCGCUCUGGAUGAGACUCUGUGACGCAGGAUCUGGUGCUCGGUGUGGGUGUAUAAAGAGAGGGCACUCAGCUCCGCGUCCGAGCACACAUGGAGAAGCAGCUGGGCUGGUAAGACGGUGACAGCCUCCUGGUUCCCCCGGGGAAGAACACAGAGAUGAACACAGCUGAGAAGUUUUACCUUCCCGUUGAUGGCAUCUUUGAAAUGUUCAACUCUCUCACCGGGCUUCACCAGUCACACCAUACCCACCCAGUCCUGCAGAGCGCAGCCCUGACCCCGGUGCCCCAGCACCUCUCAGACAUAUCGAAGACGGGCAUGGGCAUCAUCAAGAGCCUUAAAGAGCGCUGGAGACAACAGGAUAAGAGAGCCGCUGUGAGUAGGUCCUUGAGUUCUGGCAAGCAGCAGGCGUCGGGCUAUCGACUCCAAAAGAGCCCCAUGGACCUGCUGGAGCUGGGUGUGACCAAGCCCCGGAACUGUCGCAGAAUAGUUGUGCUUGGCGCGCCCAGAGUGGGCAAAACCAACAUCCUCCAGCGGUUCUUGGGCGGCGAAUUCGAAGAACGUUAUGAACCGACAACCGAGGACUUCCACAGAAAGCUGUUCCACAUUGGAGGAGAGGCGUACCAGGUGGAUCUCCUGGACGCCUCAAGUGAGAGGGACUUCCCUGCGAAACGGAGAUUAUCCAUCCUGACAGGUGACAUCUUUCUGCUCGUCUUCAGUUUGGACGACAAAGACUCCCUGGGUGAAGUCGGUGAGCUGCUGAAGGAGAUCAAAGAUGCCAAGGCCAAGUUACUGAAAUUAAAAAGUCCCGCGAGAGCGCCGGCCGUCGUGUGCGGCAACAAGGCGGACCUGGACGCGCAGAGAGCCGUCAGCUGCUCGGAGGUGGCAGAGACCGUCGGCGACGAGGUCUCCUUCUUCGAGACGUCGGCGAAAGACGGCUCCGGACUGGACGGCGCGUUCAGGGCCCUCGCCGCUCUGGGCGGACUGCCCGACGAGACCUGUCCGUCUCGGCAUCAGCUCGUGCCCGUCCAGUCGCUGCGGGGCGGGAGGCGGGAUCGGUCGCCCCGCGCCGCCCUGGAGCCCCUGGCGAGCCGCCCGAGCUUCACUAGCGACCUGCGGCUGGUGCUUGGAUCAAGCACCAAGCACAACAAACCAGAGAAGUGUCAGAUUCAAUGAAUUGUGCAUCUUCUCGAUCAGAACCAAUUGCAGUAGUAUGCUGCAAUGUCAUAUCAUGUGAGGAGUUAUACUCCCUGGCACUUGGCUGGACCAGUGCGUUCAUAUUCUUUUUUUUGUAGCCUAUAUAUGUUAUUAACUGUAUUAUACUAUCACACAAUAAAACAUGUUAUUUCUAAUU